AUGGAUUCAACGCAAGAACAAACCAGCACCUGGUCUAACAUUGAGCCAUCAGAGGUUUCUGACGGUGUUCCGAUUUUUAGACCUUCGUUCGAAGAGUUUAAAGACUUUGAAAAGUAUAUGAAAGCUAUCAACAAGUAUGGGAUGCAAUCAGGUGUCGUUAAGGUUAUACCUCCAAAAGAAUGGAUCCAAAGCUUACCACAGAUCACAACAGAAGCGCUAAAGUCAAUCAAGAUAAGAAAUCCAAUCGUUCAGCACAUUAGCGGUAAUAAUGGUGUUUUCGGUCAACAAAAUAUCGAAAAGAAGAGAACUUUUAAUAUUGUUCAAUGGAAGGCAUUAUCAGAAGAACCAAACAAUCAACCACCAGCCCCAAGGGGUAAAGUUAGAAAAUCAAAUGUCAAUACCAGACUCAAUAAAAGAAUUUUGGCAAGUAAAAAUCAUAAUGAUGAAAAACUGUUUGACAAUUUUGAAUACAACAUUGACACUUCAGAAUUUACCCCGGAAAGAUGUGAAGCCUUGGAAAAAUCUUAUUGGAAAUCAUUAACCUACGCCGAACCAGUGUAUGGUGCGGAUAUGAUUGGGUCGGUAUUUGAUGAUUCAGUGAAGAUUUGGAACGUUGCUCAUUUACCAAAUGUAUUGGAUUUUAUGGAUCAGAAAUUACCUGGUGUUAACGAUGCCUACUUAUAUGCUGGACUUUGGAAAGCUACUUUCUCAUGGCAUUUAGAGGAUCAAGAUCUUUACUCAAUAAACUACAUUCACUUCGGUGCUCCAAAGCAGUGGUACUCUAUCCCGCAAGCUUAUAAACAAAAAUUUGAUGAUGUUAUGAAAGAGACAUUUCCACAGGAUUACCAAAAUUGUCAUGACUUCUUAAGACACAAAACGUUCUUGGUAUCACCAACUUACCUUGAAUCCAAAGGUAUCAAAGUGAAUAAAGUUGUACACCAUGAGCAAGAAUUCAUGAUAACGUAUCCAUAUGGCUAUCAUGCAGGGUUGAACUACGGUUAUAAUGUUGCUGAAUCUGUCAAUUUCGCAAUCGAUGAAUGGUUUGAAUUUGGACUAAAGACUUCCAAAUGUCUUUGUGUUGCUGAUUCUGUGGGAAUUGAUGUCGAAAGAUUAAUCAGAAGAGUUCGUGGUGAACCUGAGCCUGUUGAAGAAACCCCAGUUCCAGAGGCAGAGGUCAAGAGAGAAAAAGAACCCGAAGUUCAGAAAAUUGAAUCUACACCAAAGAAAAGAAAGGUUAAUCCAAUCAAGGAUACAGUGGAACCCCCAAAACCAAAAGGGCCACAAUGUAUAUUAUGCCCAAAUUCUUUACCAUCUAGACAAUUGAAGUUCACUGAUUAUGAACUGAUAAUCACAGAGAAAUCUUUGAAAGGUGGGAAGCAGGAGUAUUGCCAUAGAAUAUGUGCGAACUUGAUUCCAGAAGUUGAAGUUAUUGAUGAUAUUGAAAAAGGUGAUUAUGUUAAGGGCAUUGAAACUAUUCCAAAUGCAAGAAAAAGUCUUAAAUGUGUCUUUUGUCAUGUCAAAAAAGGUGCUUGCUUCCAAUGCUCUGCUCCUAAAUGUACCAGGGCAUUUCAUGCUACUUGUGCCCUCCCAUGUGGUGUUUACUUUGCCUCACGAAAUGAGUUCUACUGCAAAGUUCAUAGACCAAAAUUUGAAGAUAAUUCAACAUAUCUGUCAACUUUAUGUCUGGGUGAUAUGAUUCAAGGUAAAUUCAGUGAUUAUUUUGCAGGCUCCAUAAUCACAAAUAAUAAGUCAGAAAGAUCGCUAACUGUUGAUAUCUAUCCAAUUGACACCAACAGAAACUCAAUUGAAAUACCAUAUGAAGCCGUU